GUCAGCGACUCUGGAGGACCUGAGGGAAGGGUGGUUACCGUGAAGCCUCUCUCACCCGGUGGAAUCGGCCUGGAAAAUGUGUGUAGGGCUCUUUAGAAACUACAGACACUUCUUCAGUUGAGACUAGAUACUAAAGAGAAAUUGUGUCGUUUUAUUGUAUCAGACUUAAUACGGGGUUGGGUGGUGGAAUGAUGCGUGCCCGUUUCUCUGCAAAAUAGUUUCUGUGUCAUGGAAAAGAGUCUAUGGGACAAGAAGAAAAGUAUUUGAACAGUUGUGGGAAGAAACGACCUCUCCCACUGGCCGCGGAGAGUAUGCGGGUGUUGGUGUCAUCGUGGGUGCACUGCUUUCUGGCUGAACUGUCAAGUUCACUGUCUACACCCAAAAUUUUCACAUCCCUAACCGAAAAUUAUAGGUACCUCCAAGAGGCUGGCAAACGGCCGUAUCCAGUUCAAGUCCUGGUGUCAGAUUCACCUUGGAGCCAGAACUGAUUUGAAACCACAUCAUCCUGGGGUUGCGGAAGCCAGGUCUCCCCCGUAUAAUCCCAGAGUGCAUUUUGCAACAUCAGAGACCACACCUGGAAAAGAUGUUUUAGUUUUUCUACCCCAACCUCCUUUUACUGAUGGGAAAACUGAGACCCAAAGGGGAGUGAGUUGUCCAGGGUCUCAGUGCGUUGGCAACAAGGCUAGGUAGGACCCAGACUUCCUUAACACCACCAGUCCAGUUAUCUUUUGUCAUAAUCACAGUGACUGUAUGUUCAGAAUGACUAUUGAUAUGUGUCCUACAUGAAGACAUUAGUACAGAAUAUGUAAACUCAAGAUUUCCCUGACAAUCAGUACACCAGCUUGCUAACUCAAUCCUGGGGACCUCCCUCUCCUGAGGCCACCACUGGGCCCCCUUCUGAGUGUCCCCUGAGCACUCUCUCAGCAUGAACUGCAUAUCCGACUUCUUCACCUAUGAGACCACCAAGUCGGUGGUUGUGAAGAGCUGGACCAUCGGGAUCAUCAACCGAGUAGUUCAGCUUCUGAUCAUCUCCUACUUUGUAGGGUGGGUUUUCUUGCACGAGAAGGCAUACCAAGUACGGGACACAGCCAUUGAGUCCUCGGUGGUAACCAAGGUGAAGGGCUCCGGACUCUACGCCAACAGAGUCAUGGAUGUGUCUGAUUAUGUGACGCCACCUCAGGGCACCUCGGUCUUUGUCAUCAUCACCAAGAUGAUUGUUACUGAAAAUCAGAUGCAAGGAUUCUGCCCAGAGAGUGAGGAGAAAUACCACUGUGUAUCAGACAGCCAGUGCGGGCCUGAGCGCUUCCCAGGUGGGGGGAUCCUCACUGGCCGCUGCGUGAACUACAGCUCUGUGCUCCGGACCUGUGAGAUCCAGGGCUGGUGCCCCACGGAGGUGGACACAGUGGAAACGCCCAUCAUGAUGGAAGCUGAGAACUUCACUAUUUUCAUCAAGAACAGCAUCCGUUUCCCCCUCUUCAACUUUGAGAAGGGAAACCUCCUUCCCAACCUGACAGCCAGGGACAUGAAGACCUGCCGCUUCCACCCGGACAAGGACCCUUUCUGCCCCAUCUUGCGGGUAGGGGACGUGGUCAAGUUUGCGGGGCAGGAUUUUGCCAAACUGGCGCGCACGGGGGGAGUUCUGGGCAUUAAGAUCGGCUGGGUGUGCGACUUGGACAAGGCCUGGGACCAGUGCAUCCCCAAAUACUCCUUCACCCGACUGGACAGCGUUUCUGAGAAGAGCAGCGUGUCCCCAGGCUACAACUUCAGGUUUGCCAAGUACUACAAAAUGGAGAAUGGCAGUGAGUACCGCACCCUCCUGAAGGCUUUUGGCAUCCGCUUCGACGUGCUGGUAUACGGGAAUGCUGGCAAGUUCAACAUCAUCCCCACCAUCAUCAGCUCUGUGGCGGCCUUCACUUCUGUGGGAGUGGGAACUGUUCUCUGUGACAUCAUCCUGCUCAACUUCCUCAAGGGGGCCGACCAGUACAAAGCCAAGAAGUUUGAGGAGGUAAAUGAGACUACACUGAAAAUCGCUGCUUUGACCAACCCAGUGUACCCCAGCGACCAGACCACAGCGGAGAAGCAGUCCACUGAUUCGGGGGCCUUCUCCAUAGGCCACUAGGGCCUCUUUCCAGGGCCCCACACUCACAAAGGCUCCAGGCCUCCCCACAGAGGAGCCUGCCUGAGCAAGGGGGCAUGGGAGGGAAGAGGGGCUCUCGUUUCUGCUGCUCACUCCAUGAACAUAGCUGCGACCCAGGUGUCUGGGCCUCCCACUGCUCCAGCAGACAAGCAGUGCUCCCUACUGAGACCCCAAUCUCACCUUAACUCCUUGCCUGGCCCCAUCUGCUUCCUAGGACCCCUGGGGCAGGAGCACCUGAGCCAUCUCUUUCCCAAAGAGUAGAGAUGAUAAUGUAGGACAGAUGGCCACAAGGGCCUACCAAGUGCCAGGCACUUUCACACACCUUAUCUCAUUUAAUCCUUAGAAUAAUCCUAUGAGGUAGAUAUUAGUUUCCCUUGUUUUGAAGAUAAACCAAGGCUCAGAGAGACUGAGUCAUUUGCCCCAGGCCAGAUAGCCAAGAUGUGAGAGAGCUGGGAUUUGAACGUCCGUCUGACUAACUCCAUCGCCCACACCCCAUGAGAGAAGAAUGAACUCCCAGGGUCCAUCAGCCCUGCUGCUUCAGCCGCCUCCACCCUGACCGUGAUUCGGUUAAUAAAGAGUUAGCCCCAUGCCUUUCCCAGCAACAAAGGUUGCAUUUUUAGGGAGACUGGUUAGACAGUGAUGAGGGACCCCAUCUCUGACUUGGGUGCGUCCCAAAUUUAGAAGGAAACAGAAGGCAUGGCUGUCAGUAAAUUUUUCCUCAUCACCCCCCACAGCUGUCUCCCCAAACCAGGGAAGGGGUCAUUCUUGUUCUUCUCUGGGACCCCACAUCCACACACAUCUGGGCCCCCUCACUCUGGGGAUUUGAUUCCCGGACCUGGGGUCCUGUCAUGGGCUGGGACCUUGUUCCAGGAGUUCAGCAGUCCUCAUUUACAACAUCGGUGAAAAGGCUCCAGUGAGGCCUGGUAUCUUGUGAGCUGCUCAGCUGGGUCGGCCAGGCCUGUCCCCAUAGGCUCUUGAUAAGGUGCCCCGUUUUCUAAGGUUAGAAGCUAAAGGGGCCUUAGAAACCAUCUUAUCUAACCCUCUUGCUUACAGAUGAGCAAACUGAGGCCAGAAAGGGAAAAUGACUGGUUCAGUGCCACAGUUCGUGGCCAAAAAGGAACCCACAUGUCCUGGCCCUUCAGGGAAGGAGGCAAGAACAGGAAGCUGGGUCCAUUGACCCAGACAUCCUCUAUCCCCUUUCUGUCCUCUCUUACAGUGAGAGACCCAGAAAUUGCCCCAGGGCAGGGCUCUGGGGCAGACCCAGGUUUUGUGAAUCCUAAGCAUAUACAAUUUGGGGACAUCUCUUUAGAAAGAAUACAAAAUUAGGUAUUAGAAGGGGCUCAUGCGAGUGAAUGAGCCUAAAGAAUGUUUCAAUAGCUUCAUGAUAAAUCUGCAUCUGGCAGUCGGAGUGGGCAUGAUCAUGAGGUCUUAGCAGCACCAGCUCAACUGUAGAUGGAGGGCGGCCCCUCAACACAAGGCACAGGAAGUGGGGAAGGGACAGCUUCAGGAGUAGUUCAGGAGGCUCAAAUGGUAGGUACUUGCAAAGGCCUUGCCCAAUGACCCCCCGCCCCAGGGGGAGAAGAGGUAAGACCCACCCCACAUAAAGCUCAACACCCCUUCCCUCACUCUGCCCUAACCCACAGCCCCAUGCCCAGGAUGGUGGGGCAUAUCUCCCCAGGGUCAGCCUUGGGAAUUGGGCAGUGCCUGGAGAUCUGACCAGACUAUGCUUCUCCAGCAGAGACAUCAGUGAAGUCAGCACCACAUUCUCCACCUGGGAGUCCGCCAGGCAUCCCUGGGGAAUUCAGCUCUUGGGAGGCUGGGGUCACAGGGAUUCUCUCUAAUGGGGAGAUGGAGGCAGUGGUGUCCUGAGGGGACCUUCCCCACAACCCCUCCCUUUUACCCAGUGGAGAUGGUCCUCCUGCAGGUGCCUCCACCCCUCUGGAGCUGGCCAGCAAGUGUGUGUGAGCCUGAGGUUGUCCUCCCCAUAUCUGAACUAAGUUACCGCUUCUGUGUGCUAGAUGUAGGGUUAAUAUCAGUGGUGAUAAAAACAGCUACCUUGUCUCUGUUGCAUUAUGGUUUACUCAGCACAAUCACCAACAUAAUCACAUGGACCCUCACACCAACCCUGGUGGGUCUGCUAUGGUUUGUUAUUAACCCUAUUUGAUAGAAAAAGAAAUUUACAGUACAUGGAAAUGAGAUCUGGAACCUAUGCCCAUUCCUAACACUACAUUGCCUCUUUAAUCAUUCAGCAUAAAAGCCAACAUUGAUUACUUACUACUGGCAGGCAAUGGACCAAAUGAGUGAUGGGGAUUGUCUAACUCAACCCCCACUUUACAGAAGAAGAAACAGAUGCAUACUAAAAUAAAGAAACUGAAAUAGGAGAACUGGGAUUUGAACCUAGAACUUAAUGGCUCUGGAGUCUGAGAUCAUGACUUCUAUGCUCUAUCUGGGGAAAAUCCAGAAAGUUGUUAGUACCUUUUUUUCUAUGUGUGUUCGUUCAGGUAAUACAGGUUUUGCUGCAGUAACAAGUAAAAUCGCAAGGUUUAAUACAGCAAAGUAGGUCAGACAGCCCCCUCCAUCUGGUAGCUGUGCCAUCUGAGACACUUGGACUCCCAAGUCACUGUCACAGGGAAAGUGAAAACUGGAGGAUCACAGGGGGUAAUCUGAAGACCAGGCCUGGAGUGGGCUUACUUCACCUCCAGCCACUUUCCAUUGGCAGGAUUCAGCAGUGUGCUGCAGAGCCCAGCUUUACUGUAAGGAUACGGGGAAAGUCCUAGUCCUCUUGGGUGUCUAGGAAGAGCAAAUAGUGAGCACAGCCCUGGCUCUGCUUUGUUAUCUCCAUUUUAAUAGCUUCUCUUCUCCCCCUCCCACCCCACUCCCACCAUUUCCACUGACAAUUCCACACAUCCUUCCCUUCUGUGUUCCUUCUCACAAAACCUUGUUCUCAGCAAGCUGCCAAUCAGCCUUCCAGGGGUAUUAAUAGAUAACAUUCUGGGGAAUUUCUUCUCUCAAGAGUAUUUCCUUUUUAAUCAGGGGUUAUUCAAGACUUGAAGGCCUUAAUCAGCCAAAGGAAUGAAAAUAUAAGAGUUGACAUUGAGGCCUAAUGCUAGAUCAUGCUGGAGAUUUGAGGGACAUCUUAUCUACCCCGGUCUGCCUCAAGUAAGCUUCAGUCUGGAGGAGUCUUAGCCCCUCUUCUUUCCCCUCCCUACCUCUACCCCUGGUUUUGACUGGCAGGAUGUUGGGCUACUGGAUUUGGCUAAAGUUCAUUCUCCAUCAGGAAGAUAAGUAGAGGUUGAUACAAAGGACUUGGCAUUCAGCUGAAAUACCAAUCCCCAGACCACGUGCACAGAACUUCCUUUAUUGCCUGUCCUUCCCACCCCCAGACAGACAACACUGUUCUUCUAGAAGCAUAGCAUCAAAAAUGGGCUUAUUCUAAAGCAUGACUCUCCAAUAGGAAAAAAAGAGAAAGAAUGGGCUUAUUCAUAUAAAAAAGAAAAGCUCAGUAUCACUGAUCAUUAGAGAAAUGCAAAUCAAAACUACAAUGAGAUACCAUCUCACCAGUCAGAAUAGCUAUUACUAAAAAGUCAAAAAAUAACAGAUGCUGGUGAGGUUGUGGAGAAAGGGGAACAUGUGCUCCCUUGGUGGGGGUGUAAAUUAGUUCAGCCAUUGUAGAAAGCAGCAUGGCGAUUCCUCAAAGAGCUAAGAACAGAACUACCACUGGACCCAGCAAUCCUAUUACUGGGUGUAUCCCCAGAGGAACAUAAAUCAUUAUACCAUGAAGACACAGGCACGAGAAUGUUUAUUGCAGCAUUAUUCACAAUAGCAAAGACAUGGAAUAAGCCUAAAUGCCCAUCAAUAACAAAUUAGAAAAAGAAAAUGUGGUACAUAUACACCAUGGAAUACGAUACAGUCAUAAAAAGGACGAGAUCAUGUCUUUUUUGGGAACAUGGGUGGAGCUAGAGACCAUUAUCCUUAGCAAACUGAAGCAGAAACAGAAAACCAAAUACUUCAUGUUUUCACUUAUAAGUAGGGGCUAAAGGAUGAGAACUCAUGAACACAAAGAAAGGAACAACAGACACUGGGGGCUCCUUGAGGGUGAAGGGUAGGAGGAGGGGGAAGAGCAGAAAAAUAUUGGGUAGGCCAGGUGCGGUGGCUCACACCUGUAAUCCCAGCACUUUGGGAGGCCAAGGCGGGCGGAUCAAGAGGUCAGGAGAUUGAGACCAUCCUGGCUAACAUGGUGAAACCCCAUCUCUACUAAAAAUACAAAAAAUUAGCCGGGUGUGGUGGCGGGUGCCUGUAGUCUCAGCUACUCUGGAGGCUGAGGCAGGAGAAUGGCGUGAACCAGGUAGGCGGAGCUUGCAGUGAGCCGAGAUUGUGCGACUGCACUCCAGCCUGGGCGACAGAGUGAGACUCUGUCUC